AUGAACUUUUUAUUUAUUUUUUUGAUCAUCUAUUUAAUAGGUUCCUCAAUAGAAUUCACUAUCACUGAAAUCGAAGAGCCUUUUAUUUAAAUAAAAAUACAUCCAAAUGAACAUAAAACAAUAAAUUUAGAUUAUGCUAGAGAUGCAAUUCUAUAAUCAUAUAAUAAUAGUAGAGGUUGUGAAAUCACUCCAAUGCAAGUGUAAUUUGAAACUCAAGAAUUCAGAAUCAUUUAGACUUAAGAUUUUUCAGAUCAAGACUUUGAAUAAGACACAGUUCUCAACUUUCGUUAAUUUGUGUCUAUGGUUCAUAUAAAAGAUGGAAUGUUAGCAAUUACUUCUGAUUCUAUUGCAUAUCUCCUUAAAUUUAAUUAUAAAACUGUUUUUGAACAUGAUUUUCAAGAAACAGGCUAAUAAUUUGCUCGAAUUUUAUGGAAAGCAGAUCUUCAAACUAUUGCCCCAUCCUUAAUAUCUAAAAAUGAAUUACCAUAAUUAUUAUUUUCUCCAUCCUCUAAUUUAGCAUUCUUGUUAUUUAGUGAUAGUGCUCAAUUGUUUAGUAUGGCUUAAAUGGAAUCAUAAACAACAUAACUCGAUGUUUAUUAAGUUACUGAUUGGAGAAAGAGAACAUAUAGAGGAUUAACUAAAGAAAUAGAUGGUUUAGUAUUUAGUGCUGUAGGAAAAGAUGGAUUAGAUGUUUAUAAAGUUGUUCAAAAAGAUUUAAGGUAUAUCAAAAAUCUCAGAUUUAAAGAUUUUGGUUUGAAUUCUUCUAUUGAAAUUGUUGAUUUUGCUGUCAUUAAACAUGGAUAAAAUGAAGGAAAUUAUUCAAUGUUUUUAUUGGAUAGAGAAUGUGGAUUAUUUUUAAUAGAUAUUCAAAAAGAUUAAUAUAUUAAUUUUAGUCUGAGAUCAUGGAUUAAUUAUUAAUCUGGUGGAAUAUCAGUUGAUACUAGAAAUGGUAUAAAUGUAUUUAUGGCUUAUUAAUCAUUGAAUCAUCAUUAUGUACUUGAAUACAAUGUAGAUAUAGUAAAUGGAAAUUGGUUUUUAAUUAGAAAAAAGAAAAUAGACCAUCGAAUAAUUGAUUUAGAUGCAACAGAAGAUUUUGUUAUUGUCUAAGGGGUUAAUUAACAUCUAAUUUUAUAUUCAAAUGGAUAUGAUUUUGUAAUGUAUCAUCAUAAAGAUCAAGUGUUUAAACAUUUAGGUUUGCGAGAUUUUGAGUUUUUUAAUCAAUCUUAUAAGUUGGAAGAUAUAGAUGAUAUUGCAGAAGAAUAUCAAUAUGAUGAUUUCUUUUUUGGAAUCACUGCUUAGAGUGCAUUCCUAACUAGAUUUUAGGUUGAACCUAUAAAGUUGAAGUGUUUCUAUCAUUAAAAUGAAAGUAAGGUAAUUUAAUAAUUAUAAAGUUAAUCAAUAAUACACAUACUUUCUAUAAUAUAAUACAACAGUAGAUGGUAUUUAAGAUUUGGUAAUAAGACAUACAUAGAAAGUGAUUGUAGAGAUAGUUAAAACUUAUUUAUAUGAGGGAGAGUUUUAUUUUUUAUGUGUUGUUGGUUUUUUCUUGGGAUUAGUAUUGUUAAUGGGAUUAGGAUAUGUAGUUUAUUGGUUUUAAAAUAAUAAAAAAGAAUAUUAGAUUUUGAUAGAAUAAAUUGAGAAAACUUCUAGAGAAAAAGCAGUUAAAUAAAUAAAUGGUUCAACUUAAAAGGGAGACGAGACAUCAGUAUUUUAAUAAUAAAAUGUUGCACCCUGAU